ACAAAUGAGAACGCACUACAUGCGGGGCAUGUCCUCUCAGUCUCAAACACUCAUUGCCCAAUACUAUACCCUAGGAGUACACACUAUAUCUAACUUUUUGCAGAGAGCAAUAAUUUGAAGAAAAUAUUCAAUUAUUGAAGUUGAACCCCCUCGUGCUCUCUCAUUUCUCGAGCUUGUGAAAAAGAUGAAAAAUUUGGCGAAUGCUGUUGGAGCCAAGACGGCGAGGGCUUGCGACAGCUGCGUGAAGAAGCGGGCACGGUGGUACUGCGCCGCUGACGAUGCUUUUCUAUGCCAGUCUUGCGACACUUUGGUCCACUCAGCGAACCCUCUCGCUCGCCGGCACGAGAGGGUUCGUUUGAAGUCGGCCAGCCCCGUGGCCACAAAGUAUAGCAGCCACAACCACUCAGCUUCUUCUCCACCGCUUGAAGCUGCAACGUGGCAUCAAGGGUUCACUCGUAAACCUCGGACUCCACGUGGGUCUGGUAAGAAAAACAAUUUGUCGAUAUUUCAUGAUUUGGUUCCGGAGAUUAGUGCAGAGGAUCAGACGGACAGCUACGAGAUCGAAGAGCUGCUGAUCUGUCAAGUGCCGGUUCUUGAUCCCAUGGUGGCUGAGCAGUUCUUAAACGAUGUCAUUGAGCCAAAGAUCGAGUUUCCUAUGAUUACAAUCGAUGAUCAAGAGGACGAAGACAACGCUGAAAGUUGUCUGAAUGGUUUUUUCCCGACCGACAUGGAGCUUGAGGAGUUCGCUGCUGACGUGGAGAUUCUACUCGGUCGCGGGUUAGACGUCACAGAGUCCUAUGCGAUGGAGGAGCUAGGGUUGUCUAAUACAGAGAUGUUUAAAAUCGAAAAAGACGAGAUUGAAGAAGAGGAAGGAGAAGAAACAAAAGCCAUGAACAUGGGAAUAGGCUGCGGUGAGGAUCGGGGCGAUGGGGAUGGAACUGUGGCGUUUGAGCUGAGGUUUGAUCACGACUCACACAACACAUACGAAGAAGAGGCGAUAAAGAAUGUUGAAUGUAUUAAGGUGAAGGAGGAAGAGCAAAAGAAUGUUCUAAUGCUGAGUUUAAACUACGAGUCGGUGAUAUCAACUUGGGGAGGCCAAGGUCAACCGUGGAUGUCAGGAGAGCCACCAGAACGAGACAUAGACAUCAGUGACAAGCCAGUUGUUUCCAUGGAAAUAAAUGGAGGAGAAAGUCAUCAUAAGCAUUACGUUGGUGGAUGUUUACCAUCAAGUGGGUUUGGGGAUGGAGGAAGAGAAGCUAGGGUUUCGAGGUACAGAGAGAAGAGGAGGACGAGAUUGUUUUCAAAGAAGAUAAGGUACGAGGUACGUAAACUGAAUGCAGAGAAACGACCUCGAAUGAAAGGAAGAUUCGUUAAGAGAGCUUCACUUGCUCUAUCUGCUGCAAGUUCACCAUUGGGUGUGAAUUACUGAAUAUCCUAGCUAUUUGGCUAUAUCUCACUUUACCUUUUAAAUUGAAUGUUUUUGGUUGACUUUUUUCUUCUGCAACGACAGAAGUUUUUUUGCACUUAAUUGUGCUUUGUGGGCUUGAUAUGUACAUAGGGAACCAAAUAAUGUGACUUGUAUGAAUAGAGCUGAUGUAUAUAUUAUCUGGUAAUAAGAAUGUGACAAGGCACUUCCAUUGUUAAAAUUAUUUA